CUACAUAUACCAGGAUACAACGCAGUCACACGAUUCGAAAAAUUCAUGGAUCUUGCGGUAUGACGAAUUUCCACUGGCGUCCUUUCGUUUUUUAUUGAGGAGAAAAUAUUUGCGUCGAAGCUAUGAGAUCAAGUGGUGCAGCCGUUUUCACAAGACAUAAUCCGUUUCCACCGGAUCCUCCAUUGUCCAAGAGCCACUACAGUCCAUCUAGAUCCAGAAAAAUCCCAAAGCAACAAAAACGACUGGCCUUGAGUCCAGUCCGAUUCGCUGAACCACCAACUCGUCCAGAUCCUCCUCAGACAGCAUCUUUAAGAAAGGAGGAGCAGAUCUUCCAUGAAAGAUCACAUAGUGUGGUGCUUUGUCCUCCUUCAUCUACUGAAUGCCAGCUAAGCUUCUCAGAGUCUUGGCCUUCCACUGACCUCAGUUGCUCUGCUGACAACACUAACAUUUCUCCCUGCUCUGAAGCUCAAACAAAAGCCAUGAGAAACAUGGUUGCACCGGAGACAAAUGGGUCAAAGGAACCAUCAGUUCUUGCAAAGUACAUUGAACGCUUUCGUUUCGGAAAGCCACAGAGUCGAGAGGAGAGGCAGCACCAGACGUCUGAUGGAGGAGUAGAUCAGCCAUUUUGGUGGAUGUCCACAUCUCCUCCAUCCAGUUCAACACCAACACAAUUUUCAGAGAAGCAUAUCAGAGAAGCACUUGACCUCAUCAAUGAUGAUCCUGAAAUCAGCCAGAGUCCAAUUUCAAAGCCUCGACUUGAUGAAACUUCAAUGUCUCCAACUAGGCACAUGCUCAACCUCAGCCUACUGACUGAAUUAUGUGGAUCGUCGCACUGUGAUCAAGAAGAACCAGAGAUACAGCAGCUACAGGAGCGAGCCAGCCGUUUACUGCAGAAGAGUGAGCACUCUCUCAGCAGUGUCUCUGUGCCUAUCAGCUCUGAGGGUCUGGGCUGCUCUGAUUUCUCCUCUCCCGUCAGCAUUGAUGAGCCACUCCGAAGACCAGUCCUGUCCACCGUAGUGCCCUCAAACCAACUUGUUUUAAAGGCCAGUUUGUGUGAAGGGAUUUCUAUUCCUCCAGCAAUGGGUUCUGAAGGUUCUGGUAUCCACCGUGAAGAUGACAUCCUGUUUCAGUGGCGUUUGAGGAGGAAGAUGGAACAGGCUAGACAACGGUGUCAGGAGGCCCCUUUUCACAAUUCUGUUCUCCAUUUACCUCUAUCACACACUGCAGGACCAAAAAAGAAGCAAAGCACAUUAAACAGCUCGCCUCAUCAGACGGCAAACCUCUCCUUCACACCGGUCACCUUCGUUAGCCUAGAUCCUCCAGUCCUUGAAUCUACUCUCCCCAUUUCAAGCCCCAGCAUCUCCAGACUCCAGCCUGAUGUCAUUCGAGAACGACCAGACCUCGAUGUCCAUCCCAAAACCCUUCGCCAGCGCUCCAGUAGAACUGUCACAAACAAUCCGGAAGCUCCUUCUUCUCAAUCACACCAGCAUCAACAACACCGCAAACAUAUCAGACCACAAACCAACUUCCCAGAAAGCACAGCUGAGCAGCUCAGGCCACAGAUAUCCUCCUCUGCUUCUCCACAAACAUCUGACAGCACAGAGGAGCCGUGGCCAAACCUGAAGGAGAAGAACGAGACUGUAGGCAAAAGAAAGACUGAACAUGAGAGACGAGAGAAGAAGAAGAAUGCCCCUUCAAGCCAAAAGAAGAAAUCAGAACGUCAUGGUAGUGAUCCAGGCAGAAGCCCAGUGAGAGUCAGACAUUCCAGGAGUCAUGAAGGGGUCACUCGCAAUGCAGAGAAGCCAAGUGGAAAAAGCAGGUGGCAGGAAGAGUGUCAAAGUUCAGCACGAGGAGGGCACUCUGGAAACCGAGCACCGCCACCCUCACCUAUACACAACGCUCUGGGACAGGCGGUCUCUGAGGUUCUGUUUGCCAGUUCAGAUUCUCCAACACAAUGCAAGACUCCAAGUUCUUCAGAUUCUCAAGCAUACACACCACCUCCACCCCCACAAUCCCCAGCAGUCUCUUGUUCCGGUGUGCAGCAAUCCGUGCAGGUCAUAGAUCAACUCAUGCAGGAGGCAGAAGACUCUGAUGGGGAGGAAUUUGAAGACGAUCCAUUAUUACAAGUACUCAGGCAACAGAGAAAAUGGGUAAAGGAACAACUGUGUGAGGUGGACCUGAUGCUCCAGCAGCUCUGAGGAACACAAUUACUGUCACAAAGAUGCGAUAAUACCUUUCAAACAUGAUAUCAUGUUUAUUUUUGCUACUAUUUAUUAAUGCUAUUUUAUAUUUUAGAUUUAACCGUGAUUGAAUGUAUUUCUAAAUAAAGACCUCUGCAAAUAAGAUUCCACAUUAGAUUUAUUGACAUUCAAACUGUACAUCACACCAAUACUAUAUAAAGGAAAUGACAUUUACUUUCAUUUUUAAAAAUAUGUACAAUCCCGACGUAACCCAACAAGAUAAACCGAACAAUCUGUGCAAGAAACUGACACAAAAUAAUAUCAAUCGUCAUACAUUCCCAUCAUAAAUUCAAUCUGACUGUGAGUUUGUGUGACUGUGGAUCAGAAGACCUGUUAAUGCUAAGCUUUGCUUGCUAAACCAACUGCAAGGGUGAAGAAAAUGUGACUCAAUGUUGCUGGCUUGGAAUCAAGUAUGGAACCAGCAGUUAAUGUGAGUGGUUCAUCCACAAGAGGGAGUGAGAGGAGAAGUCUGCUUUGGUCUUUGCUAUUGCAUAAUGUGAAAACCAACAAGAGCUUUAAGUGCCUUGCAUUUAGCGUUAAGAGCUAAAACUGUGAAUGAAGGCAAAAAAUAUGUGUGUGUGUGUUGGUUUUGGUGGUUUAUGAGGACACAAAUACACAAUGGCAUGGCUAUGAGCUAAGUAUUACAAUGUUAAGGGGGGUUAUGAGGACAUGCAUUGUGUCCUUGUAAUUCAAAACUGUUAAUCAUAAUUAAUGGGGUCUUUUCACAUUCCAAAUUUCCAAUGAGGUUGGGUUUAGAGGUAGAGGUGGGGUCAGGUCUUAUAAUAAGUGGU